UUGGAGAGGCAGCAGCUGUUGAGGUAUGAUGGCUACAAGCUUAGUACUGUUCUUAUUACCUGUGUUGUUCCACAGUUACAAGGCUUGUCCUAGCAUACGGUUUGUAAAAAAUGAAAGCUUGACAGGCAUGACCUCGGAUGCAGGCCUGAUUGCGAUAGAAACUUCACAACUACGAGCAGAGUGUCCCGUGAAAUGCGUGAGGAAAACGGGAUGCAAGUCUGUUUUCUAUGACCAGACAUCAGGAAUAUGUCGUCUACAUUCCAAGUACUUCCAACAAUCCGAUAGCGGACUAAUAACUAAUGCCGGAUUCAGUUAUUAUGAACUUUUGUGCCCUGGCAUUGAACCCGUUCCUAUCGUUCCAAAGGGAACCGUCCAACUGUUCGUCGAGGGGACCUUGGCAACACUGAGGGUGGUCUGUGUUGACCGUCAUAGGUUCUCCGGAUCAGGAACUGCAACGUGCUUUGAAGACGUCGACUGGCCUGCAAGGGGCAGCUGUGAAGAAAACCAAUGGUUCGACAUGACUACACCAGUCAUAAGAUAUUUCCCAGUCCCUGUGAGUGUUGGAACCAAGGCCAUUCUUGUGGGUCGUGCUGGGACACCAUCGUUCUAUCUAAAUAUAAAACCAUCUCGUAAUGUCACGAUGUCACUGCAUGCAAAUCAGAUUGACGGAACGAUUUUAAGGAAAAAGAAACAUCUUGGCUCAUGGGGUCAUUUCAUAACCGAAACAACUAAUGCUCUGAUGCCACCUGGAUCUGUCUUCACCCUUACUGUAGAGUUUACAAGCGAAAGUGAACUAAAGGGAACAGUAACUGGAAACUCAUUUUACAACUUCACGUAUCCAGUUCUAGUCGGUCUGGAAUCAAUUGCUCUCUUUCAAGUUAAAGACAACAUUAGCAUCUCCGAGAUACGUUUUGAAUGGCCUUAAAGGGAUGCUGUGUGUCUGAUUACGGGAGCGGCCCACUACUUGGAUCUGCCUGAGAUGUCGGCAAUUUCUGAAACGUGAAUUUGAAUUCAUAAUAAAACGCUUAAGAAGGUGCUUCAUGGAUUGUUUAGUUUUCUUAAUUUAACCGAGCAGUGCUCCAAAUGGAAUCACAGAGAGCCUUCACACAAACUACGCUUUCGUAGUAUAGGGAAUGGGGGACUGGUUCAAUACCCCUUCUGGAUCAAUUCCAGACCCUGAAAAUGCCCCAUGUAAACCUGGGAUUUGUCCAAAAGGGGGUUAAAGCAGUCCGAACCCCCAUUCCCUAUACCACUGCUAAUGAUUUGCGUUGUUUCUGACCCUCCCGUUUUGUAUGUUGGACUAGUAAUAUUUUAUUAUUCAGUAUGGGACUUCAGUAUGGGAUAAAUUUAAAAACUAUUUUCCUGCCGAUGACUGUCAGGAACAAAUGUUGUCAUUGUAAUAUGUAUCACUGUCAAAGCACAAUGUAUGCCCCAGUUCCAUACAUGUACCAGACACCAGAAGCAUGUGCGUGUUUUACGUCACUGUAUUUAAGUGGAACAAUAUUUAGGGGACACAGUUGGCACAGUCAUCUAAGGCGUUCAAAUUGGCGUUAGAACUCAUCACAAAACAACCAUUUCACUUCAUCUUCUGCUUAUUUGUAAUAACAACCAAUUGAAAUUGUUGCAUAGUGUUUAUUCGAAACAAACAGUCAUAACAACGUGCCUCCGUGGCCUAGUGGUACAACGUUCGCCCGGAGAGCGGAAGGUCCGGGGUUCGAUCGCAGGCCGCGUCAUACCAAAGGACGCUAAAAGACGCUGCAAGAACAGGUCGGCUCGGAGUGUGUAUACUGUGUAUGAGUUGCGAUUUAAUGUUAAACUGCGACAUGGCAUCUCAGUUGGCUAGCACCAUGAAACUGGAAUAGUAACAAGUACAAGCAGCCACACAUGCACACACGUCCAUGCGCGGCAUAUGAUUGAAUGUAAUGGUCUAAGAAAGUAUGAUUGUAACCCACGUGUUGACUACACAUGGAGGCGACAAACAACGGAGUUGGGGCUCCAUAUGAUAAUGUUUCUUUGAUAAAAGAGAUUACUCACUCGGUACCACGAGUAUUAUGUUCAUGUGAAGUAUUUCCGUGGUAGUAAACAUAUAGGAUUACGUGUUCCUUUACUUUUCUACAUAAGUGUAUUAUGGUUAUGUAUAUACAUUUUGUUCAUGGAUGUAGUAUUCGAGCACUAAUGACAUGUGAUGUGAAAACAUCUUCAAACUAUAAUGAAAUGAGUAUGUUUUGUAAA